GAAGUACAAGCGUUUCUGCAAAGCGCAAAUUGCAAAUUGCAAACUGGACAUACUCGUGUUUAUGUACAAUUCAUCUGUUUGUACUGUAUAUAUCGUAUAAAUAAAAAAUAGUAAAAAAUAUGGGAAGCACACGUCCUUUAUCUUAACAUUAAUUGUGUUAAUGAUUUGUUAUAGAUAUUUCAUUUGAUUUAUUCGCCUUAUUUCUAUAAAUAUUUAUACAGAUAUUUACUGAAAAUGAUAUUUUUUUAUUUCGUCUUGCAAAUUUUGCUGCUUAAACGAUAUAUAUACUGUGAAGAAUUUAAUUUGUUCGGAGAUGCAGGACAAGCAUACGCAUUAGAAGUUAAUAUUGGACAUCCACCACAGAAGUUACAUGUUUUAGUGGACACAGGAAGUACAACCUUAGCUAUAGCAUCAUAUGCAAGGAAAGACAGUGGAAUUUAUUUUCAUCAAGAAAAUUCCACCACCUUAUAUAAUAGUGGUAAAGAGGUGCAAGCCAAGUAUUCUCAAGGAACAUGGAGCGGCAACCUUGCCUCUGACUUUGUGCAGUUCCCAACUCUGCCAAUGGUGCCAGAAGUGAGAAGUGAUAUUGCUCUUAUAACGAAGAGUUACAAAUUUUUCAUGAAUGGAUCUGGUUGGCAGGGCCUCCUAGGACUUGCAUAUCUUCCUGUUGCAGCGUGGGGUGAGAAUGUGGUUGUUGGUUCAUGGUUGGAUUUUGUAGAAAGGCAUGUUAAGAAACCAAUGUCAUUUGAAUUGAAACUUUGUGGCACACACAGCCCAGAGAAUGCCACUCAUUAUGGGAAUUUGCAGAUGUUUGAUGACAAGAACUCGAGUGCAAUAAGCAAUGAAUUUAUCUUUCGAACUCCAAUUCUACGAAAGAGGUGGUAUGAAGUGGGUGUGUUAUCUGUGCAUCUUAUAAAUUCUACAUUUAAAAACAAUGUGGCCAAUAAUAUUGCUACAGAAGAUUCUAAUAAGACUAAUGGUGGUAUAGAUCAAGAUAUUUGCCGGGAACUAAAUAUUGAAAAGGGUAUUGUUGAUAGUGGAACUACAAGUAUUAGAUUGCCAGAUGCAAUAUUUAGACAGAUUGUAAGUGAGCUAAGCAAUUCAGUACAGACGUCUAACAUGCUUAUAUUGGAUGAAUUCUGGUAUCAUGGAGAGGCUGCUUGCUGGCCUGAACCCCAAGAGUGGAAUCUACCUUCGCUGGCCAUCGAUCUUCUCAGUACCGAGGCUGAUAAUCAGUAUUUCACAUUGGAAAUACCAGCGCAAAACUUCAUGCGAGUUGUGACAGCGCGUAACAACAGCGCUGAAAGUGGCACAGUGUCUGAGUUUUGUUAUAAAUUGGGUUUGGAGGCUGGUGGCAAAGAGACUGUGCUGGGAUAUACUGCUAUGGAGGGAUUGCAGGUAUUGUUCAACCGAUCAGCCAGCUGGAUCGGCUGGAAGCCAUCAGACUGUGGGCCAAACGCUCGCGUAACCGGUCUAUACAAUACGACGAAAUCGCUCCUCUACUUGUGUCAACUAACACAGCCGAUGCCAGAUGUAAAUGUAUCGAUAAAGGCGGCUCAAUGGACGCUCUGUGCUUUCUCCAUAAUAGCAGCCGCCGUGCUGAUAUAUUUAUUAGCGCCGUGCAUUAAAAUGUUCUUUGUCCGACCGUUGCCGAGAUCUCAACAGAUUUCUCUGUCCCAAGCGGCGCUGGUUGAACAAGAGACGUAGGAAAAUAGGGUUGCCACAUAAAAAAAACACUUUUUUGUUUCCCUUAUUUAAGUGAUAAAAUAAUCAUAUAAGGAGAAUGUGUCAUAAAAACGACCAUAAUCUUUUUUAGGUCUCUGUAAUUUUUUUAUUAACCGAUUUCACAAAAAGCAGGAUUGAAGGUUAUCAUAUAGACUGUAUUUUUUCGAGUUUGUUACCUCAUCACUUUUUAAUAGGUGAACCGAUUUCUAUGAUUUUAUUUUGCCUACCAUGUUUCAUUGAAAUUUGGUCUAGUUCCCACAAUUUGAAGACAGUUUAGUUUUAUGAAAAAAAAAAAUAAUUGUUUAACCAGUGAAAUGUAAUUUAUAAAUCAAUCUAUAGUAACUCCCGUUUAUCAACAUUAGCCAAAAAUUAAUAUCGAAUAUAUAUUUGUUUAGGGUAAGCUUUGUGUUUUUGGAUUGUCUUGCAUUUAAAUAGUGUGUCUAGUAUUUAAUGUUUUUAUGUGUGAUAAUUGUUUGAAAGUGCUUUAAAUUAUUCUAAAUUAAAACGUUUGGUAGCUCCUAAAUCGUGACGUCUGUUUGUCAAAUGAUGUUGCUGUUGAAAUUUUAUCGUUUAAUAUUAUCCAUCAUAAAAAUUAUGAUAACAAUAAUACAUUAUGAUAGACAUAGUCUUGAUUUGAAUUCUUUGAGCUGUCCGUAUGACAUAAGUAAGAUUUGAUAGCGUGUAAGUGUGGAGUGAAGUAUGAAUUUAAUGAAACUUAAUGAAUUUAGUGUGAUAGAUAUUUUGUGAUAACUUUUAACGUUUCUCUUUAUAUGGCACUAGAAUAUUACCUAUGUAAUAUAAGUAGGUUUCCUAGACUCCAGUUAUGUAGUGCAUUUUAUUUUUCAGUAUUAUAAUCUCGAUUCGGUAUUUAUAUGUAUUAAUAAUUUCUCUAUUUUUUGUGGUUUGUUAGAAACAUAUGGUUUUUUAUUUUAUUAUUUUUCAUGAUUAAGAAUAAAAAGUUUAAUAUUAAUUCGCAAUGGUAUCGCAAUAGUAUUUUAUAUAUAAUAUAACCUCGAAAAAAUAUUGUCGAUUCGAAUGUUUCAUAUAAUAUACAAUGUUAUGUUAAAUCAGUGCAUGCGAACUAGUCGGUUUUUUUUAACAUUUAUGUGCUUAAUUUUGGUAUAAGUUUAUGUAUUUAUAUAUCUUUAAAUCGAAUUGUUCCUUUUAUAAUAAUUUUUCUAAUCGAUUGUCUGGUAUUAGUUAGGUUAAUUGUAUGUUGAUUUUGAUAUGAAUAUUACAUGUGAUUGAAUUUUUAUAAUCUCAUUUCUGUAUACUCAUUUAAUGUAAUGUACUGGGUUUUUAUUUCUGGUAGCCUUAAAAUAAUAUUUGUUUUUAAGUCUUCUUAUAGAAUUUAAAUAAACAUAAAUCACACUGACGACUACGCUGUAAAUGUCGAAAAAUGCGACAUCAUUUGUUGCACUGGGCAGCUAUAUCUGAAUUGUGAGGUGAAAUAACUAUGUGUUUAUUAUUAAUUAUAUCAAUUAUGUUUUCGUAUAUGUUUAACGAAUUACGUAUAUAUUAAGUACAUAAAAAUAAAAUUAAAUAUUGUCCAACAGUGAAACAAAGUCACUAGGUAGUAAUUAGAUAAAUCGAAUUCUCAAAUACAUAUUAGCCAAUUCUAUUCGUACGUAAUUAACAAUUAAAACAUUUUAAUUAGUCUAUAUUCAUAUCUAUUGCAUCCGUCACAUAAAAAUCAGUACAACUAGCCACUCGUCCCGGCUCUGCUCGGGUUGAAACAAAAUAAAAUAUAGCUUACGUCACUCACACAUAACAUGGCAUUCUGUUGGUAAAAUAUUGAAAUUACUUCAGUAAAUCGGAGAUAUUCCCAUACAACGUCACUGAUUCUUACCUCUUUAUGAUAUCAUAGUGUAGGUUAGAUGUAAUAUUAGAUAUGUUGUCCCCAUACCUUGAUAACUGAAUAAUUUGUCACGAAAUACAAUUACGCUGUGUAUCGAAUGAUAUUUGAAUGAAACAAAUCUUUAUAUUUCGUGUGUAAAUAUAGUUGAAAAAAAA